UGUUCAAGUAUGCUGAAAUCCGAGUCUUCACAUUUCUAACUGUCCCUGAAGACAGCGUGCCUCCAUCAGGACCCUGUCGGUAGUCAAACUUUCUUGUUGUUCUACCCGGAGGUUGAAUCCCUCGUAAACUGACCAACAAAGAGAAUAACUUUAUACGCCACGUUAACAAACUUAAAGAAACCACCAUGAAGUUGUCUAUAAUUCGUAGUGCGUGUGGCAGCCUUCGGAUACAUCCAGCCAGUCCAGGAAACAGGGUCAGCGGCUUGUCGCGGAGAUGCCAGCCCGUUGGUCCUGCCAACAGCCGGCUGACCCUCCGAACUGCAAGCGCUACUAGCAGCAGUGGUACCAAACCGAAAUUAACCGUCAACUUUGGGAAACACUCCCAAAAGGAUGAUGGGUUUGAAUGCGACAGUUCAUUGAGGAAAGUGGUUCAGAGCACCAAGGAGGCCAUGUUGGCUCUGCAGAGAAGAAAUCCAGCAAUUCAACCUUUGUUAGCCAUUAUACAGGCAGGUGAAGAUGACAGCUUGUUGGAGAUCAAUAAGAAAAUGGCAGGAAGGAUUGGGUUAAACAUCACACAGAUUUGUCUGGCAAAGGAGUGCAGUGAAGAUGAAAUUGUUGAGGAGGUGUUAAAGCUGAAUGAAGACCCCAGGGUGCACGGAGUCUACCUCCACCUCCCCCCUGCCUCCCUCACCAGUCGAGUGUUGAACACACUCAAACCUGAGAAGGAUGUAGACGGGAUAUCUGAUUUGAAUAUAGGCCGUCUGGUACGAGGAGACCUGAGCAAAGGCUUUGUGCCACCCACAGCCAGCGCUGUCCUGGAUCUUCUGGAGAAACAUGAUGCUUCUUUGGAAAUUAAAACUGUGUUGCUGGUCGGAGGAGAAGGACCCCUUGGAUUGUCCCUGCAGUGCCUGAUUGAAAGAAGUGGAAUGGUAGUUCUCAAGAGUCAUUGGAGCUCCAAGAGCCUACAGAGACAGGUGAUGCAGGCUGAUGCUGUGGUCCUGUUCGGGGCAGGGACAAUGGAUGUCUCCCCCACCUGGGUUAAGCCAGGGGCCGCUGUCAUCCGCUGUGUGCCCACUCUGGAGACAGAUCAACAUGCCAUGUCUUUAAAGUCUGGGUUUGGAUACCUCACAGCAUCUUACAGAACACAGAAUGUGGUACGUAGUUGCAGUCGGUGGCUUCAAGAGCAGCAGUACCAACCCUGGCAUCUGCGCAGCCUCAAACUGCAGCCCCUGACCCCUGUACCAAGUGACAUAGAGAUUUCCAGAGCUCAGACGCCCAAGCCAGUGCACCAGCUGGCUGAUGAGAUCGGUUUGCUGCCAGAAGAGCUUGAAGCCUAUGGCAGGAGCAAAGCUAAGGUCCGACUCUCCCUGUUAGACCGCCUCCACAAACAGCCUGAUGGGAAAUAUGUACUGGUUGCUGGUAUAACUCCCACCCCACUGGGCGAAGGUAAAAGCACUGUGACCAUCGGCCUAGUCCAGGCCCUGUCUGCCCACCUUAAGCUCAACUCCUUCGCCUGUCUCCGACAACCUUCCCAGGGACCGACCUUUGGGGUUAAAGGGGGAGCUGCAGGAGGGGGAUAUGCCCAGGCCAUUCCUAUGGAGGAGUUCAACCUCCAUCUGACUGGUGACAUUCAUGCCAUCACAGCCGCCAACAACCUGCUGGCAGCAGCCAUCGAUGCCAGGAUGCUCCACGAGGCGACACAGUCAGACAAGGCCCUGUUUAAUAGACUGGUCCCUUCAGUGAAUGGAGUCAGAAGAUUUUCACCCAUCCAAAUCUCCAGGCUGCGUCGUCUAGGGAUCAAUAAAAUAGAUCCUGCAUCGCUCACACUUGAGGAAAUCAGCACCUUUGUUCGUCUUGACCUUGACCCCUCCAAGAUCACCUGGCAGAGAGUCCUUGACACAAAUGACCGUUUCUUGAGGAAGAUCACAGUAGGACAGGCGAGCACUGAAAAAGGACAGGCCAGAGAGACUGGGUUCGACAUUGCAGUGGCCAGUGAGAUCAUGGCCAUCCUGGCUCUGGCAGACGGCCUGGAGGACAUGAAAAACAGACUAGCGCGCAUGGUGGUGGGGACCAGCCGCUCUGGACGGCCUGUCACCGCAGAGGACCUGGGUGUGAGCGGAGCACUAGCCGUGUUAAUGAAAGAUGCCAUCAAGCCCACGUUGAUGCAGACCCUCGAGGGUACUCCAGUGUUUGUCCAUGCUGGGCCCUUUGCCAACAUCGCCCAUGGCAACUCCUCGGUGCUGGCUGACAAGCUGGCUUUGAAGUUGGUUGGCCGGGACGGCUUUGUGGUCACAUUUUCUGGAUUCGGAGCAGACAUCGGGAUGGAGAAGUUCUUCAACAUAAAAUGUCGGGCUUCAGGCCUGAGGCCAAAUGCGGUGGUGUUGGUUGCAACAGUCCGAGCUUUAAAGAUGCAUGGCGGUGGCCCAAAUGUUUCGGCUGGCGCACCUCUUCCUAAAGAGUACAUUGAUGAGAAUCUGAGUCUAGUUGCAGGCGGUUGCCGCAGCAAUCUCAGGAAGCAGAUCGAAAUAGCCCACCUGUUUGGGGUACCAGUUGUGGUGGCGCUCAAUGUCUUCAUGACUGACACCCAGGCAGAGAUUAACCUUGUGUGUCAGAUAGCAAAAGAGUGUGGAGCAUCUGAAGCCGUGCCAUGUCACCACUGGGCGCAGGGAGGCCGAGGUUCCUUAGAGCUGGCCCAAGCUGUGAAUGAGGCUGCUAGCAGAACCAGCAACUUCCAGUUCCUGUACAACAUAGAGAUGCCGAUAGUGGAGAAGAUCAGAACAAUCGCCCAAAAAGUGUAUGGAGCUGAUGACAUUGAGCUGACCCCAGAGGCCAAGGCCAAGAUAGAUUACUACAAUCAACAGGGCUAUGGUUCAUUGCCCAUCUGCAUGGCCAAGACUCACCUGUCCCUGUCCCACAUGCCUGACAAGAAGGGUGUACCCACUGGAUUUGUUUUGCCAAUCAGAGAUGUUCGUGCUAGCAUUGGGGCUGGUUUCAUCUACCCACUUGUGGGAACGAUGAGCACCAUGCCUGGCCUGCCAACCCGACCCUGUUUCUACGACAUUGACCUUGACCCGGUCACAGAGGAGAUCACAGGGCUCUUCUGAUCUUGCUUCAAUUAAAGAUAUUCUCCUCUCGUACACAUCAACAUAAAAUAUUCCAUAAACCAAUCCAGCCAUUUCAAGGAGCUUCUAUUGUGUCAUGUUACACAUUUUACAAGCAGCCGUUCGUUGUCUCUACAACUAGACUUUAUUCCCUCCAUGGUGUUUUUAGUUCACUACCUCAUUCACUCAGUGCCACGGCUCCAGUAUGUGAGGCUACACUUUACUCUCACUUGCACACACUUAAAAUCCUCAUUCGGUUUUUUUCCCAGGAUCCUCAUGUCGACGCAUGCACCUCAGAUGCAUCCAUGCCCCGCAUCUAUGACAGGAAAUGUCUUUACUUCCCAGCAGCCCAGACUCGCUCCACAUUACAGUAACGUGUUCUGAGGGGGAGUAAGAUUAGAGGGGCAUUAGCAUUAGUGUAAUAUUCCAAAGAUGACCUUCUACAGCCAUAUUGUGUAUAUCUUAUGCUGAUUGUGUACUGCAUGCUUUUGACCUCUCUUUGUGAUGCUUUCUGAGUAUGGAAGACACAGAUUAAGUCUUAAAACUAUCUUGAAUUGUACUUUAAUGCUGUAUUUUAAUCAACUUCUAAUUUCCUUUUGUGAAAACUUACUCAAAUGUCUUAUAACAUUACUACAAACUACAUUUUUUUAUACUUUUUAAUUCAUUUUAGAAGCUUUUGAAUUGAAAUAUGCAGAGUUUCUGUAUUUAUUACCCAAAUUACACCAUAAGCCAUUAUGGUGUUUAUGUAACCUCUAUUGUCCUAACCUGCUGGAUGCUCAAAGUCACUUAUAUUCUGAGAGAUAUUGUUCAAGCUUCACAUUUUAUUUGCUGAUAAAGCCUGAAAUUGUUUAAGCAGAUGAGAUGCAUACUGAUGCUGCUUAUUAUCAGUUUAGUUACUUUAAUGACCUAAACGAUGGCCUUUAACGGCUCAUAAAAUGUAUGACAUAUGCUGUUUGAAAAGGCACUUGUGCUUUUCUCUAAAGGUUAAUGCCUUAUUAACUAAAGUUUACUUUUUUAAGUUGUUAUUGGAGGUGGUCUUAAUUCCUCUAUAGGACCUCUUUACAUGUCACGCUCAGGUUUGUGGUUUGCCUCCAGACAGAUGAAUGGAUUUCAUACAUUGUCAGCUGGCCACACUGAAAUCAUGUUUUUGGUUAUCUGAUAACGUGAUUAACAUCCAGUGUCUGUGAGUCCUGACCCUUCACUUGAUGGGGAUGGUUGAAUAACUGAUUGAAUGAAUCUGAAACUGGUGUAAGCUAUUAUUAAUGUUCUAUUGUAUAAAGUCCAAACCAAACGUUAUGUAGCCAGUGUGGACUCCACAAAGAUUUUCUAAGUUGGUAUUUGUCUCAUUUACAGUAUUUUAAUUGGUCUUCAGAGAUCAAAUGUGUGCGCCUUUCAAAUAAACCUUUUAUUUACUCAAA